CCAGCGAUGAUACAGGCUUCUAUGUGAUGGAGAAUGACACACGGACCAUCGAAGCACGCUCUGACCGGUCGUCAUCUUCACUGUCUCGACUUACUCGCCGCUUUCGAUCGCUUCGGAUUUCUGCAGAGCGCAGUGUCGACUCGAAUACCGAUGCCAAUGCCGAACGAAUCGAAGGCGAAAUAAGGAAAGGAGGCUUCGGCCUCCAUAUGUUGCAUGACCCUGCAGAGCCUUGGGUUGAUUUCAUUUUUGUGCACGGUCUAGGCGGCUCAUCUACCAAAACCUGGUGCAAUUCUGCCGACCCAGCUUCGUUUUGGCCCAAGGAGUGGCUGCCACUGGAGUCCGGUUUCAAACAUGUUCGCAUACACAGCUACGGUUAUAAUGUGGACUGGUCCGACAGCCAGCAAGGAAUUCUUGGGAUUGCAGACUUCGGAAGGGCACUGUUGGAAGAUAUGGUCAAUUCCCCAAAUAUCGGAAAGCCCGGAGACGCAUACUUGAUCGCCAUCGAACAUCCAAAUUAUAAGAAUUUUGCGACUCGUUUCCAUUCCAUGUAUUUUCUAGCAACUCCACAUCGGGGAGCUGGCUCGUCUCAAUUCCUUACGAAAUAUUUGUCGGCCGUGUGGUGGCAAAGGAGCAAGACAUACGUCAACGAGCUCCAUCCAGGCUCUGAGCUUCUGCAAGAACUAAACGAAAGUUUUCAAACUAAAGCCUCUCAUCUUAAACUCUGGUCGUUUUUCGAAACUCAACCAACAAAAAUUGGACUCUCUUCUCUCAUAAUUGUGGAAAAGGAAUCCGCCGUCAUCGGAACCCCUGGCGAGCACGAGAGGUAUUUGGAUGCCGACCACCGUCAUAUUUGCAAGUUCGCCACCCCAGAAGAUUCAAAUUAUCUCGUCAUCCGGAGGUGUAUGGCCACCACGAUACGAGAAAUACAGAAUGAUUAUAUACCACGACGCCAGGAGGAUAUUAAGUCGGAGAUGGCUGUUAUUUCAAAGUUUCUUGGAAUUAAUGGACGACCAGAGUCAGAUCUUCUUUCAGCAUUGGACAGACAACUGCCAGGAACUUGCUUAUGGAUGACAGAAAAUGUCCAAUUCAGCAAUUGGAUGGACAAAUACUUGUUUCUUGAGAGCACAUCCCCGGGAGAAGAGCCACAUCCAGUCAUCCCCCGGUUUUCCUGGCUUCAUGGCCCUCCCGGCUCUGGAAAAUCGGUCAUGUGUGCCCAUAUUGUUCGUCACUUGGAAGUGAGCAACGUCGAUUGCAGCUUCUAUUUUCUGAAGCAUAGCAAUAGAGAACUGUCUUCGGUCGAUCGGAUCCUGAGAUCAAUGGCUUUUCAGAUGGCCAGCUCCAAUUUCAAUCUCAGAAAGGCCAUUUUGGCUCUUGCUUCAAGCGGAGAGAGUAUCAACUUGAAGGAGUACAACUCGGUCUGGAAUGCGGUCUACAUAAACCAGAUUUUCAAAUUGAAGCUCACCACACCGCAAUUCUGGGUGAUUGAUGCACUUGAUGAGUGUGCUACAGGAAGCGGAAGUGUCUUGCUCAAACUCCUCUGCAAAAUCCCGACCCACUUUCCUUUGCAAAUACUUCUUUCCAGCCGAGCAAGCGAGCAGGUCCAACAGACCUUGGAGCGCCUGGGAAGCUCGGCAUUUGAGUUUCAAUCAGGCCAGCAAGAGUCCAUGGAUGACAUUGAGAAGUUUAUCAAAUCCGGUAGCCUGCAGGGCCAAGAUGACGAUUUUUUCAAUGAAGUCAUCAGUCGCAACAUUAGGCAAAGGUCGAACGGCAUCUUCCUCUGGGCCUCUUUGGUUAUGAAUCGACUUGAGAAGUCCUGCAGCAAGGAGGAUAUGGAAGAAAUUCUCGACCAAGUUCCCAGUGAAAUGAACGAAUUUUAUCACCGUAUUGUGAAGGAACUCUCCAAGACACCGAACUUCGAAUUGGCGAAAUGUGUUUUAAAGUGGACGGUGUAUGCACCUCGACCGCUUACCACAGCUGAAAUAACCGCCGCGGUCAAAUAUGACAUAGAUCGCACAAUAUUCGAUGAUCGCCUGGGAAGGCUGUGUGGGAAUUUAAUUCGGGUUGAUGACGGAUUGCAAGUUCAAACCAUGCACCAGACUGUGACUUCUUUCGUAGUGCAGCAGAAGUCUGAGUUCUGGGUUGACAGUGGGUUGGCCCAUGCCCGCCUAGCUGAGAUUUGUCUUGAUCAUCUCAACAGAAAGGAGUACAGGCCUCCGAGAGGAAGAAGGUCGUCGGCGUCGUUGCUGCACAAAAAUGAUUCGCCGUUCACUUCCUACGCAGAUACAUACUUCGCUUUUCACCUUUCCCGCUCUGCAACCGACAUAGAUGCACCAAUGGCUGCCCUUGCCGAAUUUCUCCAAGGAAAUGUGUUAACCUGGAUCGAGAGAAUUGCGAGAGCCGGGCGCUUGCAAGUCAUGUUAGGGACUGCGGACCGCCUGAGGAUAUCCCUUAAACAUCAGCGAAAACAGCGCUCUCCUCUUGACAAGCAUGUUCAACUCAUGGAAGCAUGGGUUAACGAGCUUGCUCGCAUUGUCACCGCUUUCGGAUCUAAUCUCCUAGAUUUUCCAUCUUCCAUAUACUCCAUGAUUCCCGUUUUCAGCCCGCCAACUUCUAGAAUCCACACCCUUUUUGCAAAACAAGCUUCUCAGUUGAAAUUACUGGGUCGUUCGCCAGUGGAUGAGUGGGAUGAUCGGAUUGCCUGUAUCCAACAAGACAGCGAAGCAACUGCACUAUCGUCCUGCAACCAAUAUUUCGCAGUCGGCCUAUCGACUGGCAAAAUUGUGGUGUACAGCUCUUUCACCAUGGAGCUGAUCAGAACGCUCACACAUGGCGAAAGAGUCAGGCAGCUACGAUUUGGUGUGAACUCACUCUCACUUGUCGCUUUUGGAGCACGAAAGAUCAAUUUUUGGAAUGGCGAUUGGAACCGAAUAUGGGGCCAAACUGUGAAACAUUCAAUGAUGCCACUCAGCGUUUGUUUCAACCUUGAAGAGGACCAGCUCCUUUUCGCUACGACAGGCAGCACCAUCCUUCAUCUAUCAGUCGUGGACGGAUCUCGGUUGGAUGUUGUGCCUCUAGACCAUGGCGCAGAUUCCGAAUCUGAAGAUGAAGAUAGGAAAAUUCUUCCCGGAACGCCUCCUAUGCGCGUGAGAAUGGCCCCUGAGCUCGGACUGGCAGCUAUUACAUACCGAACGUCACCCGUUGUAAUUUGGGACAUAGAUGCACGCCGAAAGGUUGGGGUUUUUCAUCGACCAGGCACUGAACAUAUAUAUGGCCAUCCACAAGUAUUUGACAUGGCUUUCAAUCCCAUUCAGGACCUUGAGCUUCUUGCUAUCGCUUAUGAUUCAGUUGGAAUCGUCAUCUGCAAUCCUUGGACCUUGACCCAACACUCUGUCUAUGAUGUUGAUGCUCGGGCAAUGACUUCUUCCCCUGAUGGGAGAAUUCUCAUUACAAGCGACUACUCUGGUGUCAUCCAUAUAUUUUCCUUUGAGGAUCGACUCAAAUUAUUGUAUCGCAUUUCGGAUGUAGAGUCGAUCAUCCGUGACUUUUGUUUCCUUCCUAAUGGACAACGGUUCUUCGAUGUUCGUGGGAAAUUCUGCAAUGCCUGGGAACCUGCGAUACUCGCUCAGGGAGAAAGCAUGGAUGACUCUUCAAGUGAUCCCUCGAGCGAAGAGUCUAACCAGAAACCGGAGUUGGUAUUUGCCAAAAAAUUCAGUACGCAAGAACACAUAACGUGCUUCGCAGCAUCUGCGGACAAUUGGCUCUUUUGUGGGCGUGAAAAUGGGGUGAUAUCCGUCUAUGAUGCGGCCACAGGUCGUAAAUCGCAAGACCUGCGUUCGUAUAAGAGCGAGUUUGCUAUAAAGCACCUGGAAUGGUGUUCUGGCUCUAAGCUGCUAGUCAGUGUCAAUGCUGCAAACAGGUAUAUCGUUAACCGACUUGAGCUCAAAGAUGGCCAGUGGGUAGCAAAUGAAUGUUUGAUUGAUCAACAUGCACAGGACCCCAUUGUCCAAAUUCUAAUCAAUCGUGGAGGAAGUGCGAUUCUCAUUGCCACUUCGGGUGUAGCAGAGCUACGGGAAGCCACUGGUGGUUUAAUCAAGAGGGUUAGAUUGGAGAAUUCUGAAGACCAGAAACGAUGGUUAGCCCACCCCAAAGACCGUGAAACCUUGGUUUUAUUUCAGAAGGGCUUCAUUCGUCUGUUUAAAUGGAGUUCCCUGGAGAGAAUCACAUCUGAAAAAGGCAUUUAUAUCUCACUAGAUGGACCUUUUGCUGAGAUAUUUGAGGAAAACUGGGCUAGUCGAUUGGAAUGUGGCAUUCUUGUCAAUGCAGUCCCGAUUAAUACAGGCAACCGGCAUUCGACUGCGUUCGCGCUGCUGGAUAUGUCUACAGUUGUCACUGCGGGUACAAACCUGGAUUCCAACCCACAGCUAAAAGCAAUUUGCUUUUCCAGACACAUUGAGGGCGGAAUAAAACGCAUACUCGGCUUAUACAAAUCUUCUCUUUUAUUCAUUGACGGGAAGGGCUGGGUGUGCUCCGCUCUGAAGGGCUUUCGUGAGGCUGAGAGCUACACGCGCCAUUUCUUUAUCCCCUCCCAAUGGUUGAUUGGUGGCGAGCUUCUUGUGAAGCUUACCGCAAGGAAUCGUAUUAUUCUCGCUCACGGGGAAUCCAUGCUUGUAUUUCAAGGCUUCUUGGAAUUAGAAGAGCAAAUUUUGCAUGACAUGAAC